AUGGAUAAAUUUGAAAAGCGUCUUAAUCAAGUAAAUAUGGGUACUCCCAAAAAUCCAGUUGUCUAGUAAUCUACAAUGAAAUAAACCGAUGCAGCAAAGAGCUAUGCUUCUUUUAAUGAUUUUAAUAAGAUGGGAGAAUAAUAUGAUAAUGAAGCUGUUAACUUGAGAUCGCAAGUACAAAUCUUAGAAGGAAAGCUUUAAUUUUACGAAAGGGAGUUUCAAAUUAAAUAAGUGUCUCUUGAGAAACGUAUAUAAUAAUUGAUAUCCACCUCAUCGUAACUAACUCAACAGAAUACGCAAUUAAAGUUGUAAUACUCAGCCUUAUUGAAUGAAUAUCAACUGCUUUAGGAGAAGCUAAUCUAAUAGGAGAAAGGGUAGAAGGAGUACGAGGAGAAGGUGAGAUCAUAAUUUGAUGGCUUGAAUAAAUUUCAAAUAGAAAAAGAAUAAUUAAUUUAAUAUGCAAAUAAAUGUAGAGAAAGAUCAAAAUAGAGAAAAGUCAAAGUAAAGGACUUAACAGCUAAGGUUUAAGAGUUGCAAGAAUAAGUUAAAUAAUUUGAAUUGUAGUAUGAGUAAGCCAAUAUCGAGAAACAAUAGAUUUAUGAUUAAUUUCAAUAGCAAUUUGUAUUGCUUUCAGAAUAAAAUGAAGAUUGGCAAUUGAAAUAUGAAGCAAUGGUAGAAAAUUUUAAGAAUCAUUUAGCAAAUCAAAAUGAUAGCUAAUAGGAGGAGCAACUAUUAGCCACUCAUACUAUUCUGGAUCAACAAGAAGCUGAAACUGUGUAAUAGUAAUUGGAGAAUCUAAGUUUAUUGAACAAAGAGCUUAAUUAAUUGUUGAGUCAGUUGAAAAAUGCUAAUUAAAUUAAUUCUUAAGUAUUUGAAAUGCCCCAAAUAAAAGAAUUAGCAGAUAUGUUUAGUCGAAUGAUAGAUAAAUUGAUGGAGUUAUAAUAGAAAAAGACUUAGCUGAAAGAAUAACUAAAAGUAAAUUAAUUCAACCUAUAGCAGUAGAUAUCAAUUAAGUCUAGUUCUGGGAAUUAGAGUCCGAAUGUUCAUGAUGAGAGAACUAAAAUGCUUUUUGAAUAAAGAAUUCUUGAAUUAGAACAAUUCUAUUAGAAAGACAAGAAACAAGAAAAGGUUCGAUCCAUCACUUAACCAAAAUCUAAUGAUAGAAAACUCUAAUAAGUGAUGUCUGUUAUUGUUUAAAUGUUGGAAGAAUUUCUAACGCAAUAACAAAAUCUCUCUCUUUUGAAUCAUCAUCUGAAUGAUAUGCAAUAGGAUCCGAACUUUAAACCAAGCAAAAGAUCUUUCAAAGUUGGAACUUGGGUUAUUAUUGCCAUAAAUCGUAUUAAGCGGAUAAAGGGGUCCUCAUAUUAUCAAUAAUUUGUAACAUACAAAAAAUUGAAAAUUGAAAUGCCAAUUGUUGAUUCCUUGAAUUAAAUCUUGGAACUUGUGACUGGUCAACAAUCUUUAAUUGACACAUUGUAAAGAGCAAUAGAAUAAAAAGGGUUUGAUGGUGGAUUUUAAGAGCAAGAAAUCUAAUAGAUGGUUGAUUAAGAAUUAAGAUAACAAUUAAUGGCUUUGUAGAUAGAACUUGAUAACAAUAAUAAGAAGAUGAUGGAAUACAAACUGAAAUCAGAAUAAGACAUUGAAUAGAGAGAUCAAUUAAUAGAGGAAUUGUAGUAAUAAUUGUAAGAACUGCCCAAUGAUUACAAUUAGGAACUACUGGAGCAUUUGGAUGAUCAAAACAAUAGAGUCAAAAAUAUAGAAAAUGAAUUUAAUGUAUUGCAAGAUCUUGUCAAUUCGCUAAUGUGA